AAAAAAAAAGAAUUAAAAAAAAAGAAGAAGUGCUGCUGCUCCACCCACUUCUCCUCCUCUAAAUUUGUUCAAAAUAUCUGAGGGAAGUGUCACAACCACUCCUGCCCCACACUGAGACACUAUAAAACAUCAACUCUGGUUCUGUUCACUCCUGAUACUCCUUCAGUCCAGUCCAGUCCAGUCCGGUCUUCAGAGGGUCAGAAACAUCCAAAAUGCCUGCUGACUACAAUGGAACGUGGGAGAUCAUCAGCAAUGAAAAUUUAGAUGGUUAUAUGAUUGCACUUGGCAUCGACUUUGCAACACGCAAGGUUGCCUCUUUGCUGAAGCCUCGGAAAGCGAUUAAACAGGAUGGAGAUUGUUUCACGUUCCAAACUUCUACCACUUUGAGAAACUACGAGUGUUCUUUCAAGAUUGGAGAGGAGUUUGAUGAGGUGACCAAAGGAAUGGACAACCGGUUGUGCAAGAGUGUGGUCACCUGGGAUAAUGAUAAGCUGGUGUGUGUUCAGAAAGGAGAAAAGGAAAACCGAGGCUGGACUCACUGGAUUCAGGGAGACGAGCUUCAUCUGGAAUUAAAAUGUGAAGAUCAAGUCUGCAAGCAGAUUUUUAAAAGGACCCAGUGACGCAGCCUUGUUAUAAAAUGAUCUGGCACUCUUUGUUUCUAUCGAAUGGGCUGAGAGACGAUGCUGCGCCAGCUGUCAUAUCUGAAAAUAAAAGGGAAGAAAAGCAAAAA